AUGGCUGGGUUGACACUCUACGGUAAGGUGGCUCUGAUGGCCCUCAACAUCCUGGUGGUGACCGCGCAGGGCCAGAAGCCCGUAUCCAAAGAUCGGCAGCUGUGGUGGAGCCUGGCCCAGAACGAUCUGGCGGCCGCCCUCAACGUCCGCGACAACUGGAGUGUGGCCAAGAACAUCAUCUUGUUCCUGGGCGACGGCAUGGGCAUCACCGCCAACACCGCCGCCAGGAUAUACAAGGGACAAAAGCAAGGACGGAACGGCGAAGAAGGCUACCUUGCCUGGGAGAGGUUCCCCAACGUCGCUCUUCUCAAGACGUACAACGUGGACAGGCAGGUGCCGGACAGCGCGGCAACAGCCACCGCUUUCCUGUGUGGCAUUAAGGCCAACUAUUACACCCUCGGCGUCGACUCCUCCGUUAAGUUGCAGGACUGCCCCGCCAGCAAGAACACCAGAGCUCACGUUUCUUCUAUUCUGCAGUGGGCGCAGUUCGCUGGCAUGACCACAGGGUUGGUGACCACGACGAGGGUGACCCACGCCACGCCCGCCGCCCUCUACGCUCACACUGCAGACCGUCGGUGGGAGUGUGACGGUAAGCUGGAGAAGGCGGGCGUCGGCUGCAAGGAUAUUGCUGACCAACUUGUAACCGAAAACCCCGGUCGGAACAUUAGGGUAAUUCUGGGUGGAGGCAGACGGGAACUUGGAACACCUCACGAACCCCAGUACGACGAGAGCUCCUGCUCUCGUCUCGACGGUCGCAACCUCGCCCAGGAGUGGCUGGCGGAGAAAGUAUGGCGAGGGGCGUCGGCUCGUUACGUCACUACUGCCGAUGACCUGAGGAAAGUCUCGCCCAACAACACGGACUUCCUCCUGGGACUGUUCUCCGACUCGCACCUGCCGUACGUGGUGGAGCGCGAGAGAGAGACCCAAGUUCCCUCCCUGGAGGAGAUGACCCUCAAGGCCAUCGACAUCCUCCAGUCCAGCAAAAACGGCUUCUUCCUCCUGGUUGAAGGGGGCCGCAUCGACCACGGACUCCACAACAACUCGGCCUACAGGGCGCUGGAGGAGGCGCUCCAGCUGGACGCCGCUGUGGCCGCCGCUCUCAGGAAGGUAGACCUGGAGAACACACUGGUGGUGACCACGGCUGACCACUCCCAUGUCAUGACAAUUAAUGGCUACCCUAACCGAGGCAACGAUAUUCUAGGGGUGACGGGGUACAAGUCAGACGUGGACGGCCUCAACUUCACCACCCUCAUGUUCACCACCGGCCCGGGGUUCAACUACACCACCGACGGAAACAACGUGACGCGCCACGACCCCAACACGCACGACACAAGAAACCUGGACUACCAGAGCUUGGCAGCUGUACCCAAGAAGUGGGAGACCCAUGGUGGGGAAGACGUCGCUGUCUGGGCUGCAGGUCCGAUGGCCCACCUGCUGCAUCGAACCCAUGAACAGAACUACUUGGCCCACGUCAUGGCCCACGCCGCCGGUAUUGGUCCAAGCUACGGCAGACGCAAGAGACCUGACUACGACUUGCGAGACGACCUGCCUCCUCAUUCUACGGGCGCUGACACUCCCACAGUUCGCACCCCUCCAGGACCCGCCGACGGAGCAGCACCUAAAAGGCCCAACUUCCCGACAGUUAACCCAGCACUCCAGCAGCUUCUUGAUGAUAAAGAUCAAAAGAUUGUUCAGGAGCUUGGCACACAGGACGUCUCCAGUGAUCCCACGGCUGACGAGUUAAUUGAUGACAAUCAUUUAUAA